AAAAUAAAAAAACACACACACACACAGAGACGGAUCAUCGGUAACUCCUUCAGGAGAAAGAUGAUAUUGGUUUGUUAGGGGAAUCUAAUAUUAAAGUUAAUCGCUUCUGAUAAUUCUUUCCCGAACUUUAUAACCAUCCAGUAUGAACAAUUUACCGGGACAUGAUCAAGAAACACCAGUGGUACCCGGUUUUGAAAUUCCAAGAUCACCUGAUGCAAGUUACAACAAUGUCUAUACCACAAGCGAAGAUGACGAGCGGGAUCCACCCAUAGUCCCUCAACAUUUGCAGCAUACCGUAUUGCGUUACCCAAACAAUGUCUACCCUGCUGCUCCCUUACCCUGCCCACAACAUGUGGUUCUGAACCAUCUUUACAUUGAAAAUCGAGAAGCCCCCCGGUCAGUAGUUGCGCUUGGGCUCUCACAUCGGUUUCGAGCCAAGAAUGUGACAGUUGUACUCUAUAAAGCAGUUCAAAGAAGAGGAAGCACUAGCACUUGAGGUUUAUAUUGCACUUUUUGCCAUCUUCUUAUUUGAUGGUAAAAGGUGGCUGAUGAAUGACGUGAGUGGUAAGUGCUCACUUGCAUAUAUGUUGGACUUGAAUGAGGUUGACCUUUUUUUUUGGCAGCAAUACCGAUUGACCAAGUUCAUGUUCUUUCAAUUACGAGUUGUAUGCUGAUUUUCUAUCUCGGAUCAGUAACUUUGUGAUGAGUUAUAUCUCAUGCGAUGAAAGUUGUAUGUUGCGCUGGACUUUGGCCUUUUAUACCAAGUUCAAAAAAGUUGAAUUUGAAAGGGAAA